UGUACAGUGUACAGUGUGAGUGUGAGAUAAGGCGGUGCGCGCGCAGCGUCUAGAGUCCGAGGUGGACGAGAGAGUGCCGGGCUCUGGCCAGAGGCACGACGGACGCUAGGGUUGGAUCGCUGGACCUUGGACUGGACGAGGAACGGGAUGGACCAGGACGAAGUGGACAUGAUGAACGCGGCAGCAGCCGCAGCUACAGCCACGGCCUCCGUCAUCGUGGAGAAUGCCCAGGUGGUUGUCAGUGGCGCGCUCACAGGAGAGGCAGAUCUACAGAUGUGCCACACGGGGGUUGGUGGAAUGCUGGCUCUCAAUCAGUACUGUGCCAUCUGCGGCGACCGAGCCACAGGGAAGCACUAUGGUGCCGCCAGUUGUGAUGGCUGCAAGGGCUUCUUCCGCAGGUCUGUCCGCAAGAACCACGUCUACACUUGCAGAUUCAGCCGCAAUUGCGUUGUGGAUAAAGAUAAACGAAACCAGUGUCGUUACUGUCGACUGAGAAAAUGUUUCAAGGCUGGCAUGAAAAAAGAAGCUGUCCAGAAUGAAAGAGAUAGAAUCAGUUGUCGUCGACCCAGCUACGAGGAGACCGUUUCAAGCAAUGGUUUCUCCGUCUCAACGCUAUUGAACGCAGAAAUGUUGUCUCGUCAAGUUGGUGCAGCAAUGGAGAUGCAGAAUGAUUAUGAUCUGAGCAAUAAGUCAAUAGCCAACAUAAGUGAUGUUUGUGAUUCGAUGAAGCAACAGCUGCUUUACCUCGUCGAAUGGGCCAAAUCCAUUCCUGCUUUCACAAGACUGAAUUUAGAUGAUCAGGUUGCGCUGCUGCGUGCCCAUGCUGGUGAACAUUUAUUGUUGGGCCUUGCUCGUCGUUCUUUGCAUCUGAAGGACGUUCUUCUUCUCGGGAACAACUGUGUCAUAACUCGGUAUUGCGCAGAAGCUGGAAUAGCUCCCGACUUGGACAUCACUAGAGUGGGUACCAGAGUGAUGGAUGAGCUCGUCCGUCCAUUCAUGGAAGUACAGAUUGAUGACACGGAGUUCGCUUGCUUGAAAGCUAUUGUAUUCUUCGAUCCGAAUGCAAAAGGACUAAGCGACCCAAGCCUCAUCAAGGGUUUCCGCUAUCAGAUUCAGAUCAACUUGGAGGAUUACAUUAGUGACCGACAGUAUGAUACUCGUGGCCGCUUCGGAGAGUUGCUACUGACAUUGCCAGCGCUGCAGUCUAUUUCCUGGCAGAUGAUUGAACAGAUCCAGUUCGCCAAGUUGUUCGGCGUCGCUCGCAUCGAUAGUCUGCUGCAAGAGAUGCUGCUCGGAGGAGUGGACAAGACCAUCUCCGUGUCAGCCAUGCUUGUUGGAGCCACUGCAGAGAGCAACGGUCAGCAGACCAAUGCACCAGUGACUGCUGCCAGUAGUGUCGGAAGCUACCAGAGCUCUGGAGGUUCACCGGAGAGUCACUCGGCACUGUCUCCCGUCCAUAGCCCCAACCAGCACAACGGAAUGUCUGACCCUCUGGGAAGUCCCUCUCAGCACGAACUCGAAAGCCCUAUCUCCUCUUCUGUCAUGCUGCGUGAACUCUCUGAGCCCGACUACCACAUGGCCUUCAAGCAGGUUUUCCCAAACUCGUCCCAAAGCUCUCCCAACUUCUUCAUAAGCAAUGGACCCUUUGCACAAUUUUAAUUAAUACUUACUAAUUGGGCACUACCUGCUUUCAGCAUUAUAUUUAUUUUAACAUCGCUAUUUAACAAAAAUACAUGCUAAAGAUCAAGGACAUAGUGAGAGAAUUAUGUACAAAAUUUAGUAAAACAAUAGCUUUUAUAUUGAACAUACUUAGACUUUUGCUGUAAGAUCAAUUAUAAAAUAUAAUAAUAUGCAAAUAUAUUAGGAGAUAAGCUUUGUCCAUAUAGUCAACAAUAUGGUUAAUGAGUGUUAAGCCAGAAUUUUUGUGCCUUGUGAGAGACAAGAAGAAAACACAACUGAAAUAGUUCUUAGAUCAUUUAAAUACAUUAGAAACCAACAAGUGUCAUUUUGACUUUCAAAGUGGUGAAUAACUUAAACCUAUUUUAGAGAUCGUAACUUUUUUGACUAUAUAUAUAAACGAUUUCAGACAUAAUAAACACUACUGUAUGAAAUGGCAGUCGAUUUAAGUAUAUUUAAAUUUUAAUAAUUUGAAAUAAUAUUCUGUAAAAUGACUGUCAUUUUAGACACUUGGUGAAAACAAUGUCUUUGCAUUAUACUACAUUAAUUUUGUUUUACCAGUAAAUUCAGAAGUUUUUCAGUUUUUGUCUCUCCCAGUUUACAAAUAAAUUGGUUAAUCACUCAGAAAUGAUACCGGUACAGUACAAAAGGUUGUCCUGAGACAUCAGUAUUAUUAGUAAUUAAUUAGAAUAGAUUAAUUGUUUAGUUUAACCCCUUGAGAAAAAGCUCAAAAAAUGUUCUAUAUAUUCUUAUAACCUAAUACCGUAGAUUGAACAAAUAACUGUGGAAAGCUAAACAACAAACAUAAUUUGAUCCUUAGAACAGAAAGGGAAUUUUCUAAAUAGACACCACUCUAUGUCUCUAUGACAGCUUUAAAUACAUCAAGGGGUUAAAUUAAAUCCAAGGGUCCUUGCGGGAUAAAUGAUGUUGAUGCUGCUUGACAGGAGCCCAGUCUGGAUGGGGAUCCCACCUACUGAACUGGGACUGAUCAAGACUGAUUCCCAUCACUCUCUUCACUUUGUAUAUAAGGGUUUAGUUAUGUAAGUUUGAGGUUGAUUUUCAUUUUUUACCAAGAAAACUAUUAUUUAUUUUGUUUUGUUAAAAGAAGUACCAAAGUUUUUUAUUUUGUUACCACAAAUAGCUUUGUAUGCCUAUCUCCGAAGAAAAUGCCAAAGAUUAUAUGAAUGUUUUAUGUACAUUCAACAUCUCACACUAAAAAGUUUCCAGUGAAAUUGAAUAGCAUUUAUAAUUUUCUACAGGACUCAUUUUGUAAAUUUUAUCAAAAAUUAGUAAUAUAUAAAAAAACUGUUUUUAAAAGGAAUUACAUUAAAAUUAUCGCUGGAAAUUAUAUUUUAAAAAUGUUUCGGUUUCAAAAAAUGAAUAAACAAUUUCUUUACAAAAAUUAUGUAUUUUACCCUACAGAUUAUGUUCCAACACUAAAUAAGUUUUAACAGUAAUUAAUUGAGUUUAACUGUUUUAAAUGUCAGCCACUUAUAAUCUCCUUUAGCAAACAGUUUUAUUAUAUUUUUUAAGAGUAUUAAGAUUAAUGGUGAUUACAUUUUUUGCAGUUAAACUUUACUUUUAAAAAGAAUUUGAAACUGUUAUUUGUAUACACUACAAGACCAGUUUGAUUCUUAAAAAUACUGUAAAACUAAUAAAUUAAUCAAAACAAUUAAAAAUUCUACAUACAUAUUAAAUAUAUUUCAUUGUCCACAGACAUUUAGGAGAUAAGGCAUAACUUUUUAUAAAUUAUAAGUUUACUUUAUUUUGAUAAUUUGAUUUAAGAUUUGUUUUGUAGCUUUUUUGUUUUUUAGUGAAAAUACAUUAUUUUAGGUUGUGAUUUUGAGUCAUAGUUAUUAUUUUGUUUUGUUUUUUGGUUGUAAAUAAGAUUGUAGAAAUCAAU